UGCUGGACGCCCUUGUCGCGAGGACAUUCCUAUCCCUCGCUUGGUCCGAAGAGCCUUUGUUUCCCGAGUUGAUACCCGCAGGCGCAAUGGCUGUUGAUACCAGUUACUUGACCACCCAGGUCAACAGCAUCGUCGACCAGCUGCACGGAAUCUUUGAUGAGAUUGGAAUAGCACACCAUGAAAGGGAGUCACGAGAGACGGAGCUGUUUGCAGCUCUGUCUGAUACACUGCACAAUCACCUCCGAAUCGUCAACAAUGAGAAAACUGAAAUGGUGGAGGAAGCGCAACGCCUGAUUAAAGCAAUAAAACAAAUGGAAUCAUCUCUGGAGGAUGAGAGAGCAAGUGGACGCUACAGCCUGGACGAUUGCGACCUGCGCAUCUCUUAUCCGCUGAACAAGUGUCUGGCCACUCUCAAAGAGAAGUAUAACGCAGUCAGUAAGCUUCACCGGGAGCGCUUUGAACAAGUCAAAAAGCUUGUCGAAGCCCUCGAAUCCUACUCUUCUCACCUUGAGUCGUCCUUUGUGUCGAUCCCACUACCCCCAACGGCACCCGGGUCCUCUGUUCCUCCUAGUUUCGAUCUCUCGCCAUCAUAUGUUACCACUUUGGACGCUGAGUUCUCGAGAGUUUACGAGGAAUAUACCCGUCGCGUCAACCUCGUCACUGCCAUGUGCGAGGAAAUUAUAAAACUGUGGGCAGAACUCGGAACUCCGCAGGCGCAGACUGAUUCUACCAUUGUAAAAUACUAUCGCGAUGCUCCCGAACAAUUGGGGCUGCAUGAGUCAGACCUCGCUAGUCUGAGAGCACGACGUGAGAAGUUGUUGGAAGAGAGGAAGGGUCGUGAACGGAAGCUCAAAGACCUGAGAACUGCCGUGGAAGGGCUUUGGGACCGCCUGGGAGUGGAAGAGCGUGACCGCAAGGGCUUUCUUGCGGCCAAUCGUGGAUGCGGUCUACGGACCAUCAAUGAGUUUGAGGAAGAGCUGGCUCGUCUGAACGAACUCAAGAGGCAAAACUUGCAUCUCUUUGUCGAGGAUGCGCGCUGCAGACUGCAGGAGCUCUGGGACGCCCUGUAUUACUCGGAAGAAGAGAUGCUGGAUUUCAUACCCGCGUUCUCUGACGUCUACAGUGACGCUCUGCUGGAAGCGCACGAAGCAGAAAUUACCCGAUUGGAAGCACUGAUGGAGCAGCGUGCCCCGACUCUCCAACUCAUACAGAAACACCGUGAUCUGAUAGCGGAUCGGGAGGAACUGGAAGCCUCUAGCCAGGAUGCGUCUCGUCUCAUGGCCCGCGGUAACAAGGGAGAGAGGCGUGACCCUGGAAAACUUCUCAGGGAAGAGAAGAUGAGAAAGAGGAUCGCCAAAGAGCUACCCAAGGUCGAAGCAGAACUGAGGAAAGCUCUGGAGAAAUGGGAAGACGAGUAUGGACGACCUUUCCUUGUUCAUGGCGAGCGAUACCUGGAUGAACUCAGCGUGCCUGCUGCCAAACCUCCGCCACGAUCCAAGACUCCCUCUUCAGCUCCCAACUUCAAAUCAAGCACCAUGAGCACGGCGAGUAGCACAAGGCAACCUCCAUCUGUUAGAGGAGGUGGUGGCUCUAUGAGAGGGCCUCCUCCACGCUCAGCUACCAAGACUCCAACUGGGGCUGGUUCUAUGAGACGGAACCCACCUGCCGGGUUGACAAUGUCGUCAGCUUCUGCAAAGUCGCCAUCGAAGAUCCCUGCCCGUGUGCCACUUGGUAACAUGCCGCAUGGCAACAACUCCGGGGACCGCCGUCCACCAGCCAGCUCAUUCUCUGCUAGCCUCAACCGCAGCAAGAUGCCUCCCCCUCGUGCUCCGCCGCCAAAGAUGCGAGAUCUAGCUGCCGAGCCUAGGGAACAGAGCUAUCCUAUGGAGCCACCACCCCGUUCUGCAAGCGCCAUGUCCGGCGCCUUUGUGCGACCUGUCAGUCCUGAGGACGUGUAUGAUGACCGCUAUCAGCGAUCUUAUUUCAACACCUCUUUUAUGUCACACAAGAGCAGCGGAAUGAACCGUUCAGUGCAAUCCAUUCAAUCUGUCUCCAGCAGGGAUGCGGGCUAUCCCGCGGAAAAUCCCUAUUUGCAGUACCAGGCACCUGCUCCACCUAACAGGCAGACCUCGAAUUCAUCCUCGACCCCGACUGUGACAUCGGGUUCGGAGAAUUGGGAGACGUACGACGAUGACACGUCGGAGCCCGAAGCUGAUGCAAGUGAUGUCUAUUACGCCAAGUUGAGGGCUGCCAACAGCAAGCGAUUUGCCCCCGAUGACUGCCAGAAUCUAUCUAUGAUAGGCAAAAAGGCUAAAGGCAUCAGAGGCGUGGGGCAAGAGGAAAGACUAGUUGAAGAAGACGGACACCUCGUUAGAAUCGAGGGCAGCGACGCCGGGUGGACGGAUGAUAUGGAGACUUAUUAAAAAAAUACUUCUUUUUCUUGCUAAUACUUUUCUUUUGGCGCUUCGGAUUCCUUGGGAAGGAAGGAGUUAUGGAGCUUCCUGGAUGGCCACGAGCUCACGAUUCCACGAU